AUGACUUUUGAUCCUAGCCAACUUAUUAGUUGCAAAUCAUUCACUCUGUCGGCGGUGUCUAAUGCUAAUGGUACCCCCUCCCCUGUGGUUGGGCAUGACUCUCUAUCUCUCUCUACUUCCAUACAUCUGGAUUCUGACAUCCUCACUGGAAAGAUGAUUGGUUGUGGUACUCGAUGGGGCAAACUUUACUACUUAGACUGGGCAUCGGAUAAUGAGGUCAAGAGUAAUUCAGAUCACACCCUAUUCUUGAAGCGUGAUGAAGGAAAACUUACUGCAUUAAUUGUUUAUGUAGAUGACAUAAUCGUAACUGGAAACGACACAGAAGAGCAACUGAAGUUGCAAAAGUAUUUGUCUCAAGAAUUUGAGAUGAAGGAUUUAGGUGACCUGAAGUACCUUCUCGGAAUCGAAGUAGCAAGAUCAAAAAUUGGUAUAUUUAUGUGUCAAAGGAAGUAUGUAAUAGAUCUACUCACUGAAACAGGAAUGCUUGGAUGUAAGCUUGCUGAUACAGCCAUUGAGAUGAAUCAAAAGUUGUGUGAAGACAUGGACCAAGAACCAACCAAAAAGGAACAGUACCAACGCCUUUUUGGAAGGUUGAUAUACCUGGCACACAUAAGACCAGAUAUUGCAUAUGUUGUAAGAGUGGUUAGUCAGUUUAUGCAUUCGCCCAGUGUUUCUCAUAGGAAUGCAGUUGAUCGGAUCUUAAGAUACUUAAAGUCAGCCCUUGGGAAAUGA